GACAGCAAUUGGAAAACGUUAAUUUCGCACCAAUCAAAAUGUAUUCGAGUGGCGACGAGGUGUAUUUUUUUAUGUUUUAAUAAAAUAUGUGAUAACUUUCAAAGUCCCAAAAUGAACGAAGAAGCAUAUGAUUCUGAUGCUGCUUUGCCUUUACAAUCUGGAACUAAGUGUAAAACUAUGCCAAGAGCAAUUCUUAACACAAUGGAGGUGAAAGCCAUCGUUGCUGCAAGUUUCGGCGAGAAUGGUAAAAGUGCUAUAAAGUACAGUGGAAAGAGAGUUGGGUGUAUGAUGAUCAUUUAUUUGAUUGUGAUUCACUAGUUCGUCAGUUUUGGAGUAAAACAAGUUAAUGUUGGAUUAAAAAGAUCACAUAAUGAUGAUAGCAAAUUUAAUAGAAAUCAAGCAAUAGCUGUUGUUCAAUCUUCUGAAAAUGAAAUUACUCAUGAAGUAGUUAAAGAAAUAAAUACUUAUCAUAGUGGUAACUUAAAAGACACAAAUGAGGUGUUUCCCAGUGAUGAUGCAGAUAGCUCUCAUAGUGGAAGUAAGCUGCGCAAAAAAAAUACAUUACAGUGUCACUUAUGUAACAAUGAAUUUGAAAUGGUAUCAGCAAUAAGACGCCAUUAUGCUGAAGAGCAUCCAGGUAUGAAGCCAUUUGCCUGUGAAUCAUGUGGAAAACGUUUUGAUAGAAGAGAAAAUUUAAAUAGACACAUUCGUAUUCACACAGGUGAUAAAAAGUAUGUUUGCGAACAUUGUGGGAAAGGGUACACUGAUCCAUCAGGAUUAAAGAAACACUGUAUUUCUAAACAUGCAUCUUACAAAAGUGAACUAUGCAAUAUUAACUUAUUUAAAACUAACGAGACAUUAAGCAAACAUAUUGAAUCUCAUCUUCAAAGUUCUGGCUCGUAUCCAAGUCCUGAUGAAGUUAGUUUAUUUACAAAAUUGCAUCACAAAAUGGAACUUAAACCUCUUGAUCCAUCUAACUCGAUUCAGGGAGUAAGCAAUGAUAAUCAAGAUACAAAGGUUAUUCAAACAAUCGACAAUCAAAAAGAUGUUCAAGUUCAACUUUUAAAUGGCAGCUCACCAGUUGAAGUUAUAAGAGAUAUUAUUUCUCAACCUUUAACAAUUAUUCCAUUAGUUUAAUAUUUUAAUACAUAUGUUUUUAAAUAUAUAAAUUUUUUAACUGUUUUUAGUGCAAAAUACAUUAUUGAAAUUUAAAACUUUUCAUGUUUUCAUUGUUCAAGUGUCUUGAAAUUUUUUUUUUUUGAGUUAGCGAGGCCGUGAUAGUUUUGGUCUUCAUUAUUAUAAAGUUUUAUUUUUGUUGUGUUUUGAGUUUUGUUGCAUUGGUUAUUUUGGAUGUUAUUACAUUGGUAUUUUUUGAAUAUUAUGUUGAUUUUUUAAAAUGUUUUUAUUAGUUAUUUUGAGGAUAGCAUUAGUUAUUUUGAGAAUUGUCAGUUUAUUUGUGAUGAUUGUUUGUGAUAUACAGGUUUUUUUAAA